UUUGUGACAUACUGUGCAUUAAGCUCAUUGUAUGUUUAUUGUGUGGUCCAUAAAAUACCUGAUUUGGGAUUAGUCGGUAUUUUCAAGCUGUCUAGCACCCAGUGUUUAAUUUAAUUUCGAUUUCAAGUAUUUCCAUUUAUGUCACACGGAGCGUUGCGAAACUUCGUGCGUUUAAUUCGAUUAAGUUGAAUUCGAAUGAAUGAGUUAAAGUUUUACUACUUACAGCACAUUGAAAGUUAACUUAACCGGUUACAACAGUCUACUUACAGCACAUUGAAAGUUAACUUAACCGGUUACAACAGUCGAUUUAAACUGAAUUAUUUUAUUUUGAUUUCAAUAAAUAAGGAUUAGCGUUUAAAGCGAGGUAACAAAGUGGUUAGUGUUUAACAUAAUAAAAUUGUCUUCUGCUUAGCAAGCGGAGGAAUAUAUCGCACGAUUUCUCAGACACGUGGUCCGAUCCGAUAGAAGAUGUAAAAAGAAAAGUGAAUUGAUAGAUCCACGAGAGAAAAAAAUCGACUGGAAUCGAAUUCAUUCAGUGCUGUGGGAGAGGCGAGUUUCACGUUUGCUCAGUGGUUACACUGGAAUGAAAACUCCAGUCAAGCGUGAGGACUAGUUGUGUCACCGUAAUACCGGACGCAACGGAGCAGACGACUUUGUUACGCGUUUCGUUUGCUGUGUGUCGACUGUUAAUUCGGACAGCUCAACUGGGUUUAGAAAACUCGUAUUGAUUUCAAAUAGUGGUGUUUUCUUGAGGAAGGAAUAAAACUAUUUCUUCAAGGCUAUAUCAAAGGCUGUUUCGGAAGUGUAUCCAAAAUGGAUUUUCGCUUUUGUUAUUACGGAUUAUUUUGUCUUCUGCUACAGACGGAAGUGUAUUCCGUUGCUCACGGCGAUGCGAAAUCCUGCCGCCAGUGCAAACCUGGAUAUCACGUGUCCAUCAGGUGUAAGGCCACUCACGACACCGUCUGCAAACCGUGCUCAAAAGGUUUCUUUACUCACAGUUAUAAUGUGUUCGACAAGUGUUUACGGUGUUCAAAAUGUACGGCUGGCGAGUUCGUGUUGCGAGAGUGCACUAAACAUAGUGAUACAAUAUGUGUGCCGUGUUCCGAAGCAAGUGACGUCAUGCAUGACGCAAAGUAUGCCCGCGAAUGUUGGGAUGAUAAUCAGAAAGAUCAGCCGUUAGAGGAGAGCGAACAUGGCAUUCAGUUAACGGACGGUGAUAACGACCAUAACGGAAUAUACGAAAGCUCCGGCGAGCAUACGUUAGUGGAAGACGUCCACGCAUGGCUUAAGUCAGAAAAGUUGGAGGGCAGCGGCGAAACUCCCGACCACGACGAGGUGGAUAACGCCACAUACGCUGUUAUACGCGGAGACGGCCAUGAAGUGUCAAUGACGACGGAAUCUACUCCAAUAGAGGAAAUAAUCAUACCGGAAGGUGGAACCGUCUUGGAAUCAGAUUCUGGCAAGCGUGAACCGGAAUCUGUUAUAUCAUCGCGCGUGCCUAGUUCCACGAACACAACGAGUCCUGCAAUCAUUCUCGAAGACGAAAGUGGAACCAAACUAGACGAUACGGGUAACUUACCAGAACGCGAGGUUUACGUGACUCGUAAUGGAGACCAACCCCACACGGGAGCUAGCAAGCGGAACAACAACGAGUCCAUCAGUGGCGCCAGUACGGGGGUGGUGGUGACGGUGGGUUUGGUGGCGGCACUCGUGUUCUUCGCUCUCGGCUUCCUCGCCUCCAGGUACUGGAGCAGGCGGCGGGAGAGAACCUUCAACGUGCUCGAGGCUGAAAGAAGGAACGGCGCUCCUGUGGAGUGCAUCGAAUUCAAGGACGAGACUACCUUUUCGCGGAAGAACCACUACGAUGACAUUAACGGGCAGACGGCCGCGAAAUCACCACCCAACCCCACGAACGGGACUCCUCUAGUCCGGGAAAGCGUGCAACCCACACAUGCACAGCCGCCCCCAACGAUAGAACCGCAAGAACAGGAAACAGCCACGAGCAAAUCGCCUGUCCGCCCACAGAGCGAAAUACGGUACAUAGAUGAUGAGGAGGUGGUGGAGACAGACCGACUGCUGCCGCCGCAGGCGUCUAUCGAAAGUGACCAUUCAGUUCAGAGACUCUCUGACGAGAAAGACCGAAUGUUAUUGUCGGACGGGACGCCUAACAACGGUGUGGGCAAGGCAAGCUGACUUGCGACCGUGACGAAUUUAAAAUCGUAACUUAAUGAUCAUAAUGUCAUAAGGACUUUAACUGAGCUUUUGAUGUACAUCGUACAUGGUUGCGAUUUGAUUUUGUGAGAAAAUCCCUUGGCCUGGUUCUCUUCUGAUUCCAAUGGCAAACGCCUAAUUUCAUUUUGUCGUGUUAAAGGGACCGUCAACCACGAAUGACGAAAAAAUAAAGAUCGUAAAUACCGUAUUUUUAUACAAUUAUUAGUUUAUAUUGAUUAAAAUAUCAAGACUGGUAUUUUAAAGUACUUGAACAAAGUUUAUAUUUUCAGUGUAUUCGGUAAUAAAAUUUCGCGAUGUGAAAUCGAAAGAACAUCGCGAAAAUAGGUGACACAACAAUAUAUACACUAUAAAUAACGCAAGUAGAUAAAUCAUUAUAUAAAUAAAAUAUAUACAAUUCACGGCGCAUGAACAAUUUGCAUUCCUGGGUUUACCACGUGACAAUGAUGAUCAAUCUUCUUGCGUUAUUUAUAGUCAAUGGUAGAUACCUGGUACACAUACCCUGUAAAAUUGUAUUACCGAAUAUAUGAAAAUAUGAAAACUUAACAACUUUUUUCAAGUAAUGUAAUAUACCAGUCGUGAUAUUUUAAUCAAUAUGAACUAAUAAUUGUAAAAAAUAUGGUAUUUUAGAACUUUUAUUUUUUCGUCAUUCGUGGUUGACGGUCGCUUUAAGAUUUAAUUUCCUCUUAUUCGUCAAGUCAGAACCGGCUACAUUACAUUCACUCUCGUUUUAAUUUCUUGACUUUAAAUUAAUUACAUUUGUUAUGCUGUUUUUUAUUUAAACUUCUGUCGGUCGCAUAUUCAUUUCAUUUCUCAUAGAGCGUUUUGACCAGAAUAGAGCUAUUUAUUUUCUCACCUUAUUGCUUCGAUUGUUUCUGUUUUUGAAGCCAACUUAGUAUUUCGAUAUAUGCGCUUCAGCCUAUUUACACGGACAAGAUCGGAAUUAUUGAGUAUAAUGUUAUUAUUUUGCUUUGUCCCAUAAUGGUAUGCCCUGAAUUACUUGUGCGUUGUGCUAUCUUAAAUAUAAAUAUAUUAACACACGCGUAUAACUAAUUUAUUAAAUUUAAUUAUCUGUGACAUGUUAAUGCCUUAAGUUAUGUUAGUUAUUAAAGCUAGUGAUGGUUGCGUUGGUGUAGUUUAGCAGUUUUCGUGUUGCCACAAGUAAUAAUUCCAUGUAUUUUUAUAUUUAUAGAUUGGCAUUUUAAUAUCAUGAUAACAUAAAGUUUGAAUACAAGAAUGAAAGAAAACUAACAAUGUCGUUACGGUAUCUAUUGUAACCGCUCCGACGGUAUCUGUGUUCGUGCUAUGUGUCUUUCUUGAUGGCGCCGUAGAAAAAUAAAUGAUGGGCAUUGCCAUUUAAGGCCACACUUUAAUAUAUGUGCAAAAACAGUACGAAUUAGUCAAGAAAUAAACAAGAGCAACAGUUUGUAGCCAAGCUAUGACAUUUGAGAAUUCGUUCUGACACCUAAACAUCCUAUAAGGCAAUAACUAUCGAAAUAUGGUGCGAUGUGUAACGUCAAAACAGUGUAAGAACCGUCCUCUGGGACAAAGGGGUUUGAUACAUGUUCGUAAAGUGUUUUAGGUUACCUGAGCACAACGUGAUCAUAGUCAGCUGUUGUGAUCUUCGUGUAUCGUGCAUCGUCCGUCUUGCUACUUCGAAUUUUUCCAUGUGAACAUUUUAGUUGCCAAAUUGACAAAUCGACUUGAAAGUUGUUGAGAACAUUUGUUGCCAUGAUAUCUCAGACGAGUUCAAAGCUGGGACACUACGACUAAAAACUUGAUAACAACGUCAAGUGAACGAAAAUUAACGCAAAUUUUAACAGUCUAUUUGCAACAUUUAUUUUAAAUCUUCAUUAAAGUAUAGAUAACAUGUGUCUCCGGCAAGGCAAAAACUGUGUCACUUUGGGUCAAAAGUAAAUCACUAGGUCAAUUUUAAAAAUGAUUGUGGGAACACUAGAAGCCGUAAUACUUGCCAAAUCUUUAUUAAACAUGAAACAUGAUGAGAACAUUCGUCCUAUUGCUUUCCUGACUCGGUUCACUACUGGGUUGUGUUGCCUAGGUUAACCCUUUGCAUGCUGGAAAAUUUGUAGUCUGCUUAAAUGUCGUCUGCAGAAUUUGUAAAAUUAGCAUUUUCUUAGAAUUUUUUAAAGAAUACUUUCAGAAUAGCAAACAGUUUGGAUCCUGAUGAGACGCCACGUUCUGUGGCGUCUCAUCUGGAUCCAAACUGUUUGCAAAGGCCUUUAAAAUUCGGUUCCAGCGCUUAAAGGGUUAAAUUAGAAAGACGCUGCUACGAGUGCUACAUUUUACUGUUGUAAAUGAAUUACCAAAUUAAAACUUACUGUUAUUUUCGUUCCGGGUAUUAUUCACUUAAAGGUCUUAACUAAUGUUAAAAAAUAAAGUAAUUACAAAAAGGGCUUACUUAGUAAAAUAAUUGUAAUUGCAUAUUUAUAAACGUAAAUCGCGCAACUUUAAUAUUAUUCAGUACAGGCCGUUGUCGAUCAAGGAUAAAACAAUAAUACACCUUUAUAGAUAAUCUUAAACCGAAAUGUGCAAUAGAAUAAAAUUAGUGUUUACAUUUUACAUACAAUUAUAUGAUUCUGCGAUUUUGUUGCAUAUUCUUAAUGUCUCAUAAUUUAUACUUUCAUGUUAAAUGCCUGUAUAUUUAGAACCAUAUGCUUAGCUGUUUACAAAAUUUGUCAUUGUUUUUUUGUCCUUUUGCCACAAUGUUUGUGCUUUGUUUGAUUUAUCAUUCAUUGAUACACUGUAAAUAUAUGUAUACGGUGAUAAUAUAUGUGGUGGCAGAUUGAUAUGAAAAUAUUUUUUGGAAAUGUGUAUGUAUACGGAAUAAAUCUGGAAUAAAUAUAUGUGAAUAUUCCAAGACUUAUAUUUAAUAUAGCCUUUUCCAAUUCAAUGUAUAUGCUUACAUGUCAUUAAUUGUAUGUGUAUAAAGUAAAAUUAUGUUCAAUAUAAUUUUCAAUACAUUUUGACUACACAUAUCAAUAUAAAAUAAAAUAAAUAUAAAAGUAUAGCCACACGCUAACCACAUGUGGACAAAUGCAAGAAGAUAAAGCUUCAGAUAAUGUAUUUAAGUGUUAUAUUUAUUUUAAAGAUUUUACAAAGAUAUAUAACCAAACCGGAAUAUGAGUGUUGCAACACGUUUGUAGAAGUGGACUGUCUUAACUGGAAAUAAACAUACAGUAUACCUCUACGCACACACUUCUUGAAGGUAGUUCUUUAUAUUCUUGCAUUUGUCCACAGAUGGUAAGCGAGUGACUAUGAUAUUAAUUGGUAAAAAAUCAUUUUGAAUGAAAAAUAAUCAAAUUAUAACGAAAAAUCAACUUCUUUGGAAAAAAAUCACUAUCAAAUAACAAGGUAUUCAACUCAAAAUGACACAAAAAUAGGGUGCAUCGAUUUGAAAUUACUUCAUCAAUUGUGCAGCGAUUUCUAUGAACUCAAUCUUAUUAAACGCAGAAAUGUAUUUAUUUUCUGGAAAUUAAGAUAUCUUGCAAUAUUUAAACAAAUACUGGGUCAAAUUUUAAUAAAUAACACGACACACAACUCGCGUGCCAUACUCCAACUCGUCGACGAUCUGACCCGAUUCAAGUAUGAAAUCUUCAGGGAGUUAAGACACUUCUUCGCGUUGGACCAAUGAAAUCGCUCGUUUGUUUAAAAUGUCGGCCAGUUUAAAUAAAUGUAAACAAAGGUUCAAAAGGCGCUGGACAUUUGGUUUUGAUGCAUAAUGUAAAUGCAAGAACGGUAAGAAUGCUUUUUUUCAUACGUUUAUUAAAUUAUGGAACCGAGUUCUGUGAACUUUGCAGGGAAAAUGCCCUUUACUCCGUGAAGAUUUCAGUCUUGGAUCGGGUCAGAUUGAUGACGAGUAGGUUACACGAGUUGUGUAUCGUGUUAUUCUUGAAAUUUGACACAUCAUUUGUAAAAAUAUUGCAAGAUAUGUGAAUGUUUGUACAUGUUUUUACUUUUUGUCUAUUCAUGUCCACCGUUUGAUUAACGACAAUUCCAAAAUAAAUAUCAACGGUAUUGUAAAUAAAACUCUUCCCGAUUAAUCACAUGUUCCAUUCCGAAAGCACGCAAUUGGAUGCCUUUAGUUUUAAAGCAAGUGACAACAUUUUCAUUGUUUGAUCAUUUGCUAAAACAGCUUUAAAAUCUUAAAUGUUCUCGAAGAAGUCUCAAUUUGGAUUUCUUGAAUGAUUAGCAAAGUAAACACAACAAGAAGCUUAGCAUAUCUAAAUACCUGGUUAGUGAGGAGAGCAAAUAAAGCACAUUUAAAACGCUAAUUAAAGACAACAUACCAUCCAUAGCGUGCUAUGUUUAAGACAGAAACAUAUGCGUUAGAAUCGUAAAACUGUUCACAUUUAAACAUCGUUCUUAAAUACCAACGCUUAAUCCUAAGUAUUGCUUUAUUCUAAAGCAAUCAGUCAUUCUCAUGUACAUGUGUCCAAACAGAUGUUUAUGUAAUUCUUCAUCAUGGUUUGUUCAAAACAUUUUAAAUGAACAGAAUGGUGAAGUGCACCCAAAAACAACUAUGAAAAUAACGUGGAGCAUGAUGUAUCAAUAUAUUCCACCCACUGUUUGUUUAUUCAAGCUCAUGUUCUGAUGGAACGAUAUCAAUACCUACCCAGGUAAAUCUGCAUGGCGAUUGGUAUAUACCGGCUAGUAUGACUUGUAAACAAUCUAAUUUAUAUUUGUGCAAAUAAACAUUACCGGUAACCCAUUUAUGCCUAGUGGACUCUCCCAUCCUUCUAAAUUUGAUCAAUUUAUUUCCAAAAUUAGGGAUGUCUAGUAUAUUUAUUUCUAUAUUAAGAAUAUUUCUUACAAAAAUUCCUGUAAGCAAACAACGCAGACCCUGAUGAGACGCCGCAUCAUGCGGCGUCUCAUCUGGGUCUACGCUGUUUUUCAAGGCAUUUUUCUAGACUCUAGGCAUAAAUGUGUUAAUUAAAAUUUGUAUUCAUAAUUGUAAAACUUGACUUUUUUCGUGUUUAGUACUAAUACAUUUGUAAUUGUGUUCAUCUAUUGAAGUCUAAUGUUUUGGAAAGCGCGUUUGACAAGUGUUGCGUGUCUUUUCAGAGAACAAAUAUAUGUGAUGUAUCCAAGAAAUGUGCAUUUAGGGUAUAAUAUCGUUGCAUUAUUAAUUUGCUUAAUAGUUUUCUGCGUUUGUUGGUAUUUUGCUUAUUUUUGGGCUACCUUAUCAGAAGUAUUUUCACUUUUCUGGUAAGUUUGUUAUUUGAUUAUUGUUCGUCAGUAAAAUGAAGGAAAGUUUGUCAGAUAUAGCUAUGACAAUUUCAUAUAAUUCCAUAUGAUUGUUUGACAGGAACACAUAACUGUAUCAUAUUUUGCCUAUUUUAUUUUUACGGCAUACUCUACAAUGCAUGUAUAUGUAUAUAAAUCAUUACUACAUAUUUGGCAUAUAUAACUAUGAAUUUUUACCAGGAUUUAUUUUGUUAAUGUAAUGCUAUCUUUACGUUGAUAUUUGGUGAUGUGUUAAUCAAACAUGCAAAGAUUGUAUAGAUGUACAUAAUUGUGAUUAUGUGUGUAUCAUGUUUAUCUUUGACCAUGUCAUAUUGUUGUACGUUUAGAUCAUAUUGAAAAAUGUCAAUGUCAUAUGUAAGUAUGUAUACAGUCAUGGACGUUUUAUCGCUAUUAUGGCAUGUAGGCCAUCACUUCAUAUCACUCAUUAAAACAAAUCAUGUUUAUUGUGUGUACAUAAAUUGAACCUCAUAUUUUAGUUUGACUUCAAAUUCCAACAUACUACGAGUGAAUCUUUUAUGUCUUAAAAACAAACACAAUGAAUAAAAACAUGUUUUCUCAUA